CCUCCUAAUCUAGGCAUGUGCGCUAGCGCUUAUCCCCUUUUUCUCUCUACCCUCCCAAUAUUUGCCGGUUGAUGUGUUAGGUGAAUCACUUCGCUCUCAUUAUCUUCUUCUUCAUUCUCAAAUAUCAUACCACGAAAGAUCCAUGCUCCUUUCUUAAUCCCAAUUCGAUUCACACAAAGAUACUCUCACUCUUUCUCUCUCUCCGUGCUUGCAUCCAUUUAUCGUUCUCAUCAGUGGUUCCAAUCACAGAGAGGGACAUGUGAGUGAGUGAGUGAAAACCCAACCAAGUCAAACAUUAAAAAGGAACAACCUUUGCAGGUUUUUUUUCGAUUUCGGAGAUCAAAGGAAUAGAAAAAGGGUGAACAAAACAUGGUCCGUGCUAUAAAGGCUGCAAUUGGUGAUGGGGUGUUGACUUUCAUGUGGGUGUUCUGUUCCUCCAUGUUGGGGAUAGCUUCAAGCUCCAUAACAAGAUUUCUUGACAUUCGGCACCUCCAUUACAAUGGCUUCCCUUACCCUUCAUUCCUUGUCACAACUUUCCUUGUUUUCGUACUUGUCUUUGUGUUCACCAUCAUUGGCAAUGCCUUGGGUGGUGCCAGCUUCAAUCCCACUGGCACUGCUGCGUUCUAUGCUAUUGGUCUUGGCUCUGACUCACUCUUCUCCAUGGCUCUGCGCUUCCCUGCCCAGGCUCUUGGUGCUGCUGGUGGAGCUUUGGCAAUUAUGGAGAUAAUUCCUUCAAAAUACAAACACAUGAUGGGAGGCCCUUCAUUGAAAGUGGAUCUGCACACCGGUGCUGUUGUUGAGGGAGUGUUGACUUUUGUGAUCACUUUUGCUGUGCUCUACAUAAUCCUCAAGGGCCCUCGUAGUGACUUGCUCAAGACUUGGUUGCUCGCCAUGUCGACUGUCGCACUAGUCAUGGUUGGAUCGGCUUACACCGGUCCAUCCAUGAAUCCUGCCAAUGCGUUUGGUUGGGCAUACCUAAAUAACUGGCACAACACAUGGGAUCAAUUCUAUGUAUACUGGAUCUGGCCCUUCGCCGGAGCAAUAUUUGCCGCAUGGUUUUUCCGCGCCAUCUUCCCCCCACCAGAAGCUACACAGGAGAAGAAACAGAAGAAAGCAUGAAAAUGCUUCUAUAAUUAUAUUUGGUUAUUCAUGCCAAACCUUUAAGAUCAACGCUAGUACAUUAAGGACUACUUUUAUCAUUGUUUUUUUUCUUUUGUAAGGUACAGGUUUGAUUCAUAUUAAAUAAUUUGGUUUA